AUGUCUGACUCGGAAGGCAGCAAUUACUCGGGCAGUGGGUCUGAAGCAGGCAGUGUUGUGUCUAACCGAUCAAGAAGAAGUGCUGUAUCAAAUCGUUCAGCAAGGUCUCGAUCGGUUUCGAGGUCUCGUUCGAGAUCGAGAUCUCAAUCUGGAAGUCGAAGCCCAAGCCGAUCGCGUAGUCCAUCGAGGUCCCGAUCUAGAUCUAGAUCUCGUUCCAGAAGUCAAUCAGUUGAAUCUGGAGGUAGAAAUAGAGAUGAUGAGGCUAAAGAAGCAUCUGGAGAUGAAGAAGUAGAAGAUGAACAAGAACCUGAAGGUGAUGAUUUAGUAGACUCUGAGGAAUAUGAUGAAGAUGAGGAGGAAGAGCGAAGAAGGAAGAAAAGAAAGAAAGACAGUAGAUAUGGAGGGUUCAUUAUUGAUGAGGCUGAGGUUGAUGAUGAAGUUGAUGAGGAUGAUGAAUGGGAAGAGGGUGCGCAAGAGAUGGGUAUUGUAGGCAAUGAAGUUGAUGAAAUAGGACCUACGGCUAGAGAAAUUGAAGGUCGGCGCAGAGGAACUAAUCUAUGGGAUUCUCAAAAAGAAGAGGAAAUCGAAGAGUACCUGCGCAAUAAGUAUGCAGAUGAAUCAGCAGCGUUUAAACAUUUUGGGGAGGGUGGUGAGGAAAUGUCAGAUGAAAUUACCCAACAAACUCUUUUACCUGGUAUCAAGGACCCUAAUCUCUGGAUGGUUAAAUGUCGUAUUGGAGAAGAAAAAGCUACCGUUCUUCUACUUAUGAGAAAGUUUAUUACAUACCAGUUUUCAGAAGAACCAUUCCAAAUCAAAUCUGUUGUUGCACCUGAAGGUGUCAAGGGCUACAUCUAUGUAGAGGCUUAUAAACAAACACACGUCAAAGCUAUCAUAGAUGAUGUUGGAAAUCUUAAGCCAGGUAUAUGGAAACAAGAAAUGGUCCCUAUUAAGGAAAUGACAGAUGUUUUAAGAGUUGUUAAGGAACAAUCUGGCUUAAAGCCAAAGCAAUGGGUCAGGCUGAAGAGAGGUCUUUACAAAGACGAUAUAGCCCAAGUUGACUAUGUAGAUUUAGCUCAAAAUCAAGUUCAUUUAAAACUGUUGCCAAGAAUUGACUAUACAAGACUAAGAGGAGCCUUAAGAACAGUUCAAAGUGAAAGUGAAGCAGCAAAACGUAAAAAGAAACGCAGGCCAGCAGCGAAACCAUUUGAUCCCGAAGCUAUUAGAGCUAUUGGAGGGGAAGUAACCUCAGAUGGUGACUUUUUAAUAUUUGAAGGAAACAGAUAUUCAAGAAAAGGCUUUUUGUAUAAAAACUUUACUAUGUCAGCAAUUCUUGCUGAAGGAGUUAAGCCAACUUUAACAGAAUUAGAAAGGUUUGAAGAACAGCCAGAAGGCAUUGACAUUGAACUGGCCGCACCGGCUAAAGACGAUCCUACAAGUUUACAUUCAUUUUCUAUGGGAGAUAAUGUUGAAGUAUGCUCAGGAGAUCUUGCAAAUUUACAGGCGAAAAUUAUAGCUAUAGAUGGUUCCAUGAUAACUGUUAUGCCUAAACAUGAUGCUUUAAAAGAUCCCUUAGUCUUUAAACCAAAUGAACUUAGAAAAUACUUUAAACAAGGAGAUCAUGUAAAAGUUCUGGCUGGUAGAUAUGAGGGGGAUACAGGUUUAAUUGUAAGAGUAGAGCCUCAAAGAGUUGUUCUUGUAUCAGAUUUGACUAUGCAUGAAUUGGAAGUGUUGCCUAGAGAUCUGCAACUAUGCUCAGAUAUGGCAACUGGAGUAGAUUCGCUUGGUCAGUUCCAAUGGGGUGAUAUGGUGCAGCUUGAUCCUCAAACUGUGGGGGUUAUUGUGAGAUUAGAAAAGGAAAACUUCCAUGUCUUAGGUAUGCAAGGUAAAGUUAUAGAAUGCAAGCCCCAAGCUCUGCAAAAACGUCGUGAAAAUCGUUUUACCAUGGCUCUCGACUCUGAACAAAACUCUAUACAGAAAAAAGACAUAGUAAAAGUAAUUGACGGUCCUCACGCAGGGCGUGAAGGUGAAAUUAAGCAUUUGUAUAGAAAUUUUGCAUUUUUGCAAUCGCGAAUGUACCUAGAUAACGGUGGUAUUUUUGUUUGUAAAACACGACAUUUGCAGUUAGCUGGCGGAGCUAAGAAUAAUGCGACGGCAAAUGGACUCGGCUUAGGUUUCAUGUCUCCGCGUAUUCAAUCGCCGAUGCAUCCAUCUGGCCGAGGUGGAGCCAGUGUCAGAGAGAGAGGUCGCGGCGGAAGGGGUGGAAUGGUUGCCAGGGAUCGGGAGCUCCUAGGUGUGACAAUCAAGAUCACAGGCGGUCCGUACAAAGGCAACGUGGGUAUUGUAAAAGACGCUACCGCCAGUACGGCGAGAGUGGAACUUCACUCUACGUGUCAGACUAUUUCUGUAGAUCGCAGUCACAUAGCUGCUGCAGCAGGAUCCACCGGAGUGGCAAGAGGAGGAACAUCCAGUUACGGUCGUACGCCGAUGCGAGCAUCAGGUUCCCAUACGCCGACAUACCGCGACACUGGAAUCAAGACACCCAUGCACGGUUCCGCCACUCCUAUCUACGAGGCUGGGAGUCGAACUCCGCAUUACGGUUCAAGUACUCCAGCUCACGAAGGUGGAAGAACGCCUGCUCAUGGAGCUUGGGAUCCAACAGCUGCCAAUACUCCUGCAAGACCAGACUUCGAUUAUGGGCUUGAUGAUGAACCACCAGCUACAUAUGAGGGCACUUCGUAUACUCAGGGUCCAUUCACACCCCAAACUCCCGGAACAAUGUAUGGGUCAGACCACACAUACAGUCCCUAUCGUCCCAGCCCCAGUCCCAGUGGUUACACUGGAGGUUAUUUGGGUACGCCGAGUCCAGGGGGCUACUCUCCUCGUUCACCGUACGCUGGGGGCUCUCCGACUCCAGACUGGCACGCGCCUGACCUUGAAGUGCGGGUUAGAGAUAGUGGUGAUGGUCUUGGAGGGCAAACGGGCGCACUACGUGGUGUCAGCGGUGGUGUUUGUACUGUUUAUUUGCCGCAAGAAGAUCGCUCUGUGAGUCUUCAGGCUGAUCUAUUGGAGCCUGUUGUGCCACAGCGUGGAGACAAAGUUAAGGUUAUAUCUGGCGACGACCGCGAAGCCGUGGGCCAGCUGAUCUCGAUCGAAGACAAAGAAGGCGUGGUUAAGUUUGUGGGUACGGAUGACAUCAAGAUUAUGCAGUUGCGCCGACUAUGCAAAAUGGCCAACGUUUAA